AUGAAUGGCUCGGGCAGCCCGGGGACCGAGGACACCAGCCAGGAAGUCGGCAGCGGCGGCUGGCAGCCCGAGGCGGUCCUCGUACCCCUGCUUUUCGCGCUCAUCUUCUUCGUGGGCACCGUGGGCAACGCGCUGGUUUUAGCCGUGCUGUUGCGCGGCGGCCAGGCAGUCAGCACCACCAACCUAUUCAUCCUCAACCUGGGCGUGGCCGACCUGUGCUUCAUCCUGUGCUGCGUGCCUUUCCAGGCCACCAUCUACACCCUGGACGGCUGGGUGUUCGGCUCGCUGCUCUGCAAGGCCGUUCAUUUCCUCAUCUUCCUCACCAUGCACGCCAGCAGUUUCACACUGGCCGCCGUCUCUCUGGACAGGUAUCUGGCUAUCCGCUACCCGCUGCAUUCCCGCGAGCUGCGCACACCUCGAAACGCGCUGGCGGCCAUCGGGCUCAUCUGGGGGUUAGCGCUGCUCUUCUCCGGGCCCUAUCUGAGCUACUACCGUCAGUCGCAGCUGGCCAACCUGACCGUGUGCCACCCAGCAUGGAGCGCGCCUCGACGCCGCGCCAUGGACCUCUGCACCUUCGUCUUCAGCUACCUGUUGCCGGUGCUGGUUCUCAGUCUGACCUAUGCGCGCACCCUGCGCUACCUCUGGCGCACAGUCGACCCAGUGGCGGCAGGCUCAGGUUCCCAGCGCGCCAAACGCAAGGUGACACGCAUGAUCGUCAUUGUCGCCGUGCUCUUCUGCCUAUGUUGGAUGCCUCAUCACGCGCUUAUCCUCUGCGUGUGGUUUGGUCGCUUCCCGCUCACGCGCGCCACUUAUGCGCUGCGCAUCCUCUCACACCUAGUUUCUUACGCCAACUCGUGUGUCAACCCCAUCGUUUAUGCGCUGGUCUCUAAGCAUUUCCGCAAGGGUUUCCGCAAAAUCUGCGCAGGCCUGCUGUGCCGCGGCCCGAGGCGAGCCUCAGGCCGAGUGUGCGUCUUGGCGCCUGGCAAUCAUAGUGGCAGUGUGCUGGACCGCGAAUCCACAGAUCUGACACACGUGAGUGAGGCGGCAGGGUCCCUUGUCCCAGCACCCGCGCUUCCCAACUGCACAUCCUCAAGUAGGGCCCUCGAUCCGGUUUAUUAA